AUGUAUGCUUCGCAACCUCCCAAUGGACCUCAGCUCUCUGCGACGUUUUCCAAGGAAGAAAAGUACUUCUCUCUUGCCACCAAGAGUCGGGCCGACCUGGAAAUGGAAAUUCAAAGGCUCCGUGCAGAGAAAGAUGAGCUGAGCAAGAGAUUCCUGCAAGAGCUCAGCAUUAAGGUCAAUGAGAUAAGACAGUGGCGGAAAAGAGCGUUGCAGACUCAAGAGCUCUUGAUGAUUGAGAAGCGAGAGAAAAUCAUUGUUCACCAGCAGCUGUCUGCUAUGCAGACCUUGGUCCGAGUUGAUCCAGACAGAAGGCGAGUGAAUGAUGUUUCUGUCGAUUUUGGCAUCCUGCAGGAGGACAAGAGAUUCGUACCGGCAAGCAAGUUCAGCUUGCAAGAGGAGCAGGAAGAAAAGGAGCUGAAGCUGAAGAGGGGGGGGAACGGGGGGCUUGGAAUUCGUUUUGCAGUAAGCGAGUCUGGCAGAGUGAUUGUCAUGGAAGUCAUGAUGGAAGGAAGCGCCUUCUGUCAGGGUGGUAUCAAGGUAGGAGAUGAGAUAGUUUCAGUCGAUUCGCACACGUUUGAGGAGGGUCUGCAAAACAGGACGGCAAUGGAGAAAGAACAAACUGUGGAGGCGAUCUCGAACCUGAUCAAAGGGUCACCAGGGACUGAAGUCAACCUUCGGAUCAGGACCUCCCGGCCGCAUCCGGCAAACAUUUUCGAAUGGGAUAUGUCAGACUACUCAACAACGCCGACCAAACAUUCUAAGAAACAAGCACGCAAUGUCGGGCAGGUACCAUACCACAGAUCAGAUCUUGUGCUAUGA